AUGCAUGAGGAGCUUAAACAAUUCGUUCGAAAUAAUAUUUGGAAUCUAGUUCCUAGGCCUGAUGACUCUAAUGUAGAAGGGGUAGAUUUUGAUGAGACUUUUGCCCCAAUUGCUCGUCUUGAGUCCAUUCGUCUUCUUCUUACAGUUGCAUGUACCUUAGGUUUCAAGCUAUAUCAAAUAGAUGUUAAGAGUGCAUUCUUGAAUGGAAUACUCCAAGAAGAGGUGUAUGUUAAACAACCGAAGGAUUCAUUGACCCUAACUCAGAUCUAUGUCGAUGACAUCAUCUUUGGCUCUCCCAUUGGCUCCCUUGCUCUCAAAUUUGCUGAAUGCACGAAACAAGAAUUUGAAAUGAGCAUGGUUGGAGAGCUAAGUUACUUCCUUGGUCUUCAAGUAAAGCAAACUGAUUGUGGUCUAUUUAUCUCUCAAUCAAAAUAUGCCAAAGACCUUGUGAAGAGAUUUGGCUUGGACAGUAAGAAACACACAAGGACACCCAUGAGCACAAAUGUUAAGUUAGGACAUGAUCCUAUAGGUAAAAGUGUUGAUCAGGCUGUGUAUAGGAGCAUGAUAGGCAAUUUACUAUAUCUUACAGCCAGUAGACCUGACAUAGCGUUUAGUUUUGGUGUAUGUGCUAGAUUUCAAGCUGAUCCUAAGGAGUCCCAUCUAAGUGUAGUGAGGCGCAUUAUUAGAUAUGUCAAUGGGACAGUAGAUCAUGGGAUCUUAUAUUCCAGAGAGUCUAAUCUAGAACCAGUCGGCUAUUUUGAUGCCGAUUAG